UGGAAUGUAUCUACUGGUUAAAAAACCGUAGAAGAAGAUGUCCAGAAGAAGCAGCUAAGUGACAGUCCGCCGACCUGUCUGCUUGUGUGCUUCAGGUGGUAAUUCAUCGCUUUGAGGCUCUUCUUUCAUCAUUUUCACUACAGCCAAAUGAAAAAAACUAACAACGUUACGUAACAAACAGCUGAUACCCGAGAAAACAGAAAUGGCAGACGAAGAAAUAGACUACAACAUCGUGUUUCCAGACGCAGGGACGUCGGAGAGACACUGGCAGGGGACAAAGGAGCCUGUUGUGGUCCUGCUGGGUUGGGCUGGAUGCAAAGACAAACACCUUUCCAAAUACAGCUCCAUCUACAACGAACAGGGAUGUGUGACCAUUCGUUACACAGCUCCCCUAAAGACGGUCUUCAUUUCAGAGUCGUUUGGCUACAAGGAGCUGAGCAGCACGGCGCUGAAGCUGCUGGAGAUCCUCUAUGACUAUGAGGUGGAGAACAGUCCUAUUUUCUUUCACAUAUUCAGUAACGGGGGCUUCAUGCUGUACCGUUACAUUAUAGAGUUGUUGCACAAUGAUAAACAGUUCAGCUCCUUGUGUGUGGUCGGGGCCGUGGUGGACAGCGCCCCUGGUAGUGGGAAUGUCCGUGGGGCCCUGCGUGCACUCAGAGCCACUCUAGGGCCCAAAAUAAGUCCUGUUUUAAGGUACGUCCUCCUAGCUCUUUUCGCGGUGACUGUUUUCCUCUUGCGAAUCAUUCUGUACCCUUUGACCAAGUACAUUCACAAGAACCACUACGACGCCGUGCAGGAGAGACCGCCAGCCUGGCCUCAUAUCGUCCUGUACUCCAGAGCCGACCAGGUGAUUAGACACGUGGACAUUGAGGUAUUUGUGCAGACCCUGAAGCAAAAAGGGGUUCCCAUGGACAGUUUUGAUUUUCUUUCAAGUCCCCAUGUCGGUCAUUUCCGGGAGUUCCCUGAGCAGUAUUCUCUAAAGUGUCGUGAUUUCCUGGUUGCCUGCAUGAAGGACUCGGAAGGGACCGAGAUAAAGAAGAGACAGAGGGUUCAGAAUCAAUGAAACAUGUAGAGAAAUGUAUUCGAUUUUGUUUUCCCCCUGAAGCCGUCGUUACCACAGGAUUCUUAAUGGAGGGGAAGGAAAACCAACCAACUAAUUUUUCAUCGUAGUCUUAAAAAUCGGUUAAAUAACCAGGCAGAAAGUCUCUGGAAGACAGAUGGAGCUUGUGCUAGACUAGUUCAAGAUCUUAGCAAUGUUUUUCCCGUCUUGGCUGCACAAAAUUCAUAGUAUUUACACGGCAGCCAUUUUCCUUGAAGUCAAGCUGAAGGUGGGAUGUGCUGUUAUGAAGAUGUUCUGCUGUGUUCAAAGUUGAAAUCUCACACAUUUUUUUUAUUUCAGGAAUAUCAGGCCGUAUUUCAAAGUACAGUUACAUAUUUAGUAACCUAUAAGAUUAGACAACAGUCAACAUAACCUUUUUGCUGAAUGCUAAAGUUAGCUUUUGUGUAGUUACAGCCAGUCGAUUAUUACCUUUGAAUAUGGCCUGCUGAUGUUUCUUCAAAGUGUUGAUCAAUCAGAUGGUUUUGGUUGAUAGAGAUUUGUCAGAGUCUCUGUAUUUUAUAUGAUUUGAGAGCUUUGAACACUCAGCUUGACGAUAUCCUUUUUGAUAACAGCCUGUUGUUCCUUCCAGCACUAGGUGUGUUGUUAGAGGAAUAUGGCCGCCACACAUGUAUUUGGUAAAUGGGAAGGCUUCACAGAAGUGGUGGAUGUGAGUGGCGUUAAACCCAGGUCCAGCUUUAUGAAACACCGUAACACACACACUUCUAAAGUGUGUGGCUCAAAGGCCUAACCCUGCCUAUGUACAAAUAACAAUACAAACUGUUGCUAUACACUGGAAUGUAAAUCCUUUAGGAUGACUUAAAUGGUAUUUAAUAUUGCUGUGAAAUGUGAUGAAUUGUAGAUUAGUAGUAGUGAUUCUAAAUCUGGGGAAGGGUAUUGGAAUAUAA